UGAUACAAUGGGGGUCAGUGACGCGCCAAUGAGCGUGGGCGUGUCAAUUCUGUUGGCGCACCAGCCACCACCUCUGGUUUUCCAUUUAUUUUGCCCCCUGCAUUAAAAACUUGCUUCCUUGAUUCUCGUUUGUAAUUGUUGUUUUGAGUUAAUGUUGUCAUCGUCAUCACCUUUUCCAAAAGGCUCUUGUUUAUUGGGCAAUUGGGCGUUGUUAGAAGCUCAGAAGUCUUUGGGUUGCCAUUCAGAUUUGUGUAAAGGUGUUGGAUACAUGUGCAUUUCAUGGCUUUUGGCCUCUAGCUAUCGUUCCUUUUCUUGCUCCAAUAUAAAACAACAAACCACUAAGCCCCAUUAAAAUGAUGCGUUUUGGCUUGGUGAUUCCGUUCCCAUGGUUCUGUAGAGCUUGGUUUUGAAUUUUGUGGGGUGGUCUGGGAUGGAGCGGAGCAUGUGGGGGUUUUGUUCGUACACACCCAGGAUAUGCCACAACCAGACAUGGGGCAUGGGUGUCAAAACCCCAGGAUUUUGGGCUCUUUGAAUUCUGGGGCGAUCCAAUCUUUUUGGGAAGGAGAAGUUCUAUCGUCAUCCGUUGCCAUUAGACAUUGUUGAGGAGGGAACAUUUUUGUAGUUCAAUAAUGGAUUCACCAGCUGGGCACCAGAGCCUACCCCGGAAAAAGAUGACCAAACAGUUGACGGGGAAACGCGACGAUACUCCCCUGCAUUCUGCAGCGAGAGCAGGACAACUAGAGGUUGUGGCCCGGACCCUUUCCAGUGCUGGAGAAGAAGAAUUGCUAGAGUUAUUAUCUAAGCAAAACCAAUCUGGUGAAACAGCACUUUACGUUGCUGCAGAAUAUGGGUAUGUUGAUGUGGUUAGGGAGAUGAUACAGUACCAUGAUCUCAGUACUGCUAGCAUCAAAGCAAGGAAUGGCUAUGAUGCAUUCCACAUUGCUGCUAAACAAGGGGAUUUGGAGGUAUUGAAGAUACUAAUGGAGGCCCUUCCGGGGCUCUCUUUGACUGAGGAUGUAUCAAAUACCACUGCCUUGCACACUGCUGCAAAUCAAGGGUAUAUUGAGGUGGUGAAUUUGCUCUUGGAGUCAGGGAGUGGGGUGGCUGCCAUUGCUAAAAGUAAUGGAAAAACAGCCCUGCACUCUGCCGCAAGAAAAGGGCAUUUGGAAGUCAUCAAAGCCCUUUUAGAGAAGGAGCCUGGGGUUGCUACACGAAUUGAUAAGAAGGGCCAGACUGCACUACAUAUGGCUGUGAAGGGACAGAACCUUGAGGUGGUUGAGGAGCUGAUGAAGGCCGAUCCUUCAUUGGUAAACAUGGUUGAUACUAAGGGCAACACAGCAUUGCAUAUAGCCUCCCGGAAGGGCAGGGAACAGAUUGUUAGGAAAUUACUAAGUCAUGAUGAAACCGAUACAAAAGCUGUGAACAAGUCUGGGGAAACUGCCUUUGACACUGCAGAGAAGACCGGGAACCCCAACAUUGCAACCAUCCUGCAGGAGCACGGGGUUCAGAGUGCCAAAGCAAUGAAGCCGCAAGUAACAAGCACAGCCCGUGAAUUGAAACAAACUGUAAGCGACAUAAAGCAUGAAGUCCACUACCAGCUAGAACAUACUCGGCAAACUAGGAGACGGGUGCAGGGCAUUGCCAAACGCCUCAACAAAAUGCAUGGAGAAGGUCUAAACAAUGCAAUCAACUCCACAACUGUUGUUGCCGUCCUCAUUGCCACCGUCGCCUUUGCAGGCAUUUUCACUGUCCCUGGCCAAUAUGUUGAUGAUCCAACCAACAUUCCUUAUGGGUUUUCUCUUGGGGAAGCAAAUAUCGCUCCCAAAAUAUCGUUCAUCAUUUUCUUUAUAUUUGACUCGAUAGCCCUCUUCAUUUCUUUGGCUGUUGUGGUGGUGCAAACCUCAGUUGUGGUCAUAGAGAGCAAGGCAAAGAAGCAGAUGAUGGCAAUCAUUAACAAGCUAAUGUGGCUGGCUUGUGUGCUUAUAUCAGUAGCAUUCUUGGCAUUGGCCUUUGUGGUGGUGGGUGACCAUGAGAAAUGGCUGGCAAUUGGAGUAACAAUUAUAGGGACAACAAUAAUGGCUACAACUUUGGGUACAAUGUGUUAUUGGGUGAUUAGGCAUCGGAUUGAAGCCAAAAAGAUGAGAAGCGUCCGAAGGAUGUCCAUGCCCAGCAAGUCCAGAUCCUGGACUAUGUCUGUCAUGUCAGAUUCUGAGAUUCUAAAUAAUGAGUUUAAGAAAAUGUAUGCAAUUUAGAUUUAUAUACAUGUUUUUUUGGCAUUCUGCACAUCAAGCUUCUUCCUUCUAUAUAUGUUCAUCAGUUAGCCGUAUGUUCCUCACAAA